AAUUUUCAAGAGAGAAGGAGACGAAGAAGAAAGCCGGCCCUUUUCUACCAUCAUCAACGAAGAUAGGAGAGCAAAUUCACUUCCAGGAGCUAAAAUGUCUUUGAAUCUGCACCUCUCUGCUUCUUCUUCAGCUUUCUUGUCUCAAAAUCGCCUCCAAAACGGACUCGCUUCUACACCUCGUCACGUUUCGACUCCGGCUAGGACCAAUGGCAUUUUUAAAUGCGUCGCCACACCCCCGGCAGAGAUAGCUGUACACAAGACAAAGGUUAACCGUAACUCCAACAUGGCUAAACUUCAAGCUGGCUACCUUUUUCCCGAGAUUGCCAGGAGAAAGUCUGCACAUAUGUUGAAGUAUCCAGAUGCACAAAUUAUAAGCCUUGGAAUUGGUGACACCACUGAGCCCAUUCCUGAAGUUAUAACAUCUGCCAUGUCCAAGAGAUCAUAUGCACUUUCAACUAAUGAGGGAUAUACUGGUUAUGGAGCUGAACAAGGUGAAAAGCUAUUGAGAGCUACUAUCGCUUCAACUUAUUACGGGGAACUUGGCAUAGAGGAAGAAGACAUAUUUGUUUCUGAUGGUGCCAAAAGUGACAUAUCCCGCCUUCAGGUCCUCUUUGGCUCCAAUGUUACAAUGGCAGUGCAAGACCCAUCAUACCCUGCCUAUGUUGACUCUAGUGUUAUUAUGGGUCAGACUGGAUUGUAUACGGAUGAUGUAGGGUUUUCAAAAAUUGAAUAUAUGAAGUGCACGCCAGAGAAUGGCUUUUUCCCAGAUUUGUCAAAAGUUGCUCGAACAGAUAUCAUAUUUUUCUGUUCACCUAACAACCCAACUGGUUCUGCUGCUACAAGAGACCAAUUGAUUCAGCUAGUACAGUUUGCCAAGAAGAAUGGAUCAAUCAUAGUCUAUGAUUCUGCAUAUGCAAUGUAUAUGUCGAAUGACAACCCAAAGUCCAUCUUUGAAAUUCCUGGAGCCAAAGAGGUUGCGAUUGAGGUUUCGUCAUUUUCCAAGUAUGCUGGGUUCACAGGAGUCCGUCUUGGUUGGACUGUCGUUCCAAAAGAACUUCAGUUUUCAGAUGGUUUUUCAGUUGCAAAGGACUUCAACCGCAUAGUUUGCACUUGCUUCAAUGGUGCAUCUAAUAUUGCACAAGCUGGUGGUUUAGCAUGCCUUUCACCUGAAGGCCUCGGGGCAAUGCAUGAGGUGAUUGGUUUCUACAAAGAGAACACAGAAAUCAUAGUAAAGACAUUCGAGUCUCUUGGUUUCAAUGUAUACGGAGGAAAGAAUGCCCCUUACGUGUGGGUUCACUUCCCUGGUCAAAGCUCAUGGGAUGUUUUUAGUGAGAUUCUCGAGAAAACCCAUGUCGUUACUACCCCUGGGAGCGGCUUUGGACCUGGAGGGGAGGGCUUUGUCCGGGUGAGUGCCUUUGGUCAUAGGGCUAAUGUUUUGGAGGCUUGCAAGAGAUUCAAGGACUUGUACACUUGAAAACAAACAAACCAUCAUUAUUUUUCAGUUGCUUUUUUUGCUGUUAUUGGGGGUGUUGUAGGAUAUCAUCUUGUUUUGGAAGUUUUCCAGACACAAUAGACAGAGUAUUUAUUUGAAUGUUACAUCUAUCUUUCUUCUA